AGGGGGUCAGUGAUGACCGGGCGCGCGGGGAGGCUGCACGCCGCCGCCGCCGCCCGGAGCAUCUGCUGCCUGAGCUGCGGAUCGCGGCCGCCGCCCGGGCCAUGGAGACGCUGAACGGCCCCGCGGGCGGCGGCGCCCCGGACCCCAAGCCGCAGCCAGCCGGCCAGCAUCACCGCCACCACCAUCUGCACCCGCUGGCCGAGAGGAGGAGGCUGCACCGCGCACCCUCGCCCGCCAGACCCUUCCUCAAGGAUCUGCACACGCGGCCCGCCACGGCCACCCCCUCUGCGGGCCGUGCCCCGACUCCCGCCGCUCCUCGCUCGCCCAGCCUUACCGGGAAGGCGCCGCCGUCGCCCGGGUCCCCGGCCGCGCCCGGUCGCCUCUCCCGACGCAGCGGCGUAGUCCCCGGCGCGAAGGACAAGCCGCCGCCGGGCGCCGGAGCCAGGUCGGCGGGUGGCGCCAAGGCCGCCCCGGGGACCAGGAGGGCGGCGCGCGCGGGGCCCGCGGAGCCACUGUCCCGGGUCGGGAGGCCGGCUGGGGCCGAGCCGCCGCCUGCCCUCCCGAAGGGUCGCAAAGCCAAGCGUGGCCCCGGGACGCCUCCAGCUCGCGCCGUCGUGCCCCCCGCUCCAGCCGCCCGGGUCCCCGCUGUGACCCUCUCUGUGACCUCGGUGGCCGGCACCCGUAUCAGCCACACGGACAGCAGCUCGGAUCUCUCCGACUGCGCCUCCGAACCCUUGUCUGAUGAGCAGCGCCUGCUCCCCGCCGCCAGCAGCGACGCCGAGUCGGGCACCGGCUCCAGUGACCGGGAACCCCUACGCGGAGCACCCACGCCGAGCUCCGGCUCCCGCGGGCCGCCGCCGGGCAGCCCCGAACCCCCUACGCUGCUCGCGGCGCCCCCUGUUGCCGGUGCCUGUCUCGGGGGCAGAAGCAGCCCAGGCGGGACCCCCUCAGGGUCUCCGGGACCCGGUUCUCAGGAGGAUGUUGGGGGCCGAGCGCCACCGGAGCGGACAAUUCUCGGGACCCCCAAGGAGCCUAGCUUGGGCGAACAGCCCCGGCUCUUGGUGGUGGCAGAGGAGGAGGAGCUGCUGAGGGAGAUGGAGGAACUGCGCUCGGAGAACGACUACCUCAAGGAUGAGCUGGAUGAACUUCGAGCAGAGAUGGAGGAAAUGAGAGACAGCUACCUGGAGGAGGACGGCUACCAGCUCCAGGAGCUGCGGAGAGAGCUGGACCGCGCUAACAAGAACUGCAGAAUCCUGCAGUACCGACUCAGGAAGGCUGAGCAGAAAAGCCUGAAAGUGGCAGAAACAGGGCAGGUGGACGGGGAACUUAUCCGAAGCCUGGAGCAGGACUUGAAGGUAGCCAAAGAUGUGUCUGUCAGAUUACACCACGAACUUGAGACGGUGGAGGAGAAGCGAGCCAAAGCCGAGGACGACAACGAAACGCUCCGGCAGCACAUGAUCGAAGUGGAGAUAUCCAGACAGGCCCUGCAGAACGAGCUGGAGAGGCUGCGGGAGAGUUCUCUGAAGAGAAGAGGCAGCCGGGAAAUUUACAAAGAGAAGAAACUUGUUAACCAGGAUGACAGUGCGGAUUUGAAGUGUCAGCUUCAAUUUGCCAAAGAGGAAGCCUCCCUGAUGCGCAAAAAGAUGGCCAAGCUGGGGAGGGAGAAGGACGAGUUGGAGCAGGAAUUGCAAAAGUAUAAGUCCCUCUAUGGUGAUGUGGACAGUCCCCUCCCAACAGGAGAGGCUGGCGGUCCCCCCAGCACCAGGGAGGCAGAGCUGAAGCUGCGGCUGAAGUUGGUGGAGGAGGAAGCCAGCAUCCUGGGCCGGAAGAUCGUGGAACUGGAGGUGGAAAACCGUGGCCUCAAAGCAGAGAUGGAAGACAUACGGGUUCAACAUGAGCGAGAGGGAACAAGCAGGGACCACGUGCCAAGCAUCCCUACCUCACCCUUCGGGGACUCGAUGGAGUCCUCCACAGAGCUCCGCCGGCACCUACAGUUUGUGGAAGAAGAGGCAGAGCUGCUGAGGAGAUCCAUAUCUGAGAUUGAAGACCACAAUCGGCAGUUGACCCAUGAGCUGAGCAAGUUCAAGUUUGAGCCUCACCAGGAGUCAGGGUGGCUUGGGGACGGUGUAUCCAAGGGACCUGGGGCCAGUGCUCCCCUGCAGGAGGAGCUGAAGUCAGCCAGGCUACAGAUCGAUGAGCUGAGCGGGAAGGUACUGAAGCUGCAGUGCGAGAACCGGCUUCUGCUGUCCAAUGCCCAGCGGUGUGACCUUGCUGCGCAUCUGGGGUUACGCGCCCCGAGUCCCAGGGACAGCGAUGCGGAGAGCGACGCGGGCAAGAAAGAGAGCGAUGGGGAGGAGGGCCGCCUUCCCCAGCCAAAACGAGAAGGCCCUGUUGGUGGGGAGAGCGAUUCGGAGGAUAUGUUUGAGAAGACCUCGGGCUUUGGAAGUGGAAAGCCUUCAGAGGCGAGUGAGCCAUGCCCGACAGAACUGCUAAGAGUCCGGGAGGACACCGAGUGCCUGGUGACCAUGAAGCUCGAGGCCCAGCGGCUUGAGCGGACUGUGGAGCGCCUCAUCUCGGACACCGAUGGCUUCAUCCGUGACUCAGGCCUGCGGGGCAAUGGAUCGGCCUCACCUGGUGUCCAAGGGGAAGGUGAGGGCAGCCUGAAUGAACCUCACUUGUUGGAGACCAUCAAUGGGAGGAUGAAGGCUUUCAGGAAAGAGCUGCAGGCCUUCCUGGAACAGAUGUCCCGGAUUGUGGAUGGUCUUUCGCCCUUAUCCCACCUCACAGAGUCAUCCAGCUUCCUCUCCACUGUGACUUCUGUGUCCCGGGACUCCCCCAUCGGGACCCUGGGGAAGGAGCUGGGCCCAGACUUGCAGUCCAAACUGAGAGAGCAGCUGGAAUGGCAGCUCGGUCAGGAUCGAGGGGAUGAGCGAGAGGGCCUGCGCCUCCGAGCCACUAGGGAGCUGCACCGGCACGCGGAUGGAGAUUCUGGGAGCCACGGGCUGGGAGGCCAGAGCUGUUUCAAUCUAGAGCUCAGGGGCUCCCCAGUUUUAACCGAGCAGAGUGUGUCGGUAGAAGAGCUACAGGGUCAGCUCGAGCAGGCGGCCAGACUGCACCAGGAGGAGACAGAGACAUACACAAACAAGAUCCGAAAGAUGGAGGAGGACCACCUCUACGCUCUGAGGUGGAAAGAGCUGGAGAUGCACAGCCUGGCCCUGCAGAACACCCUUCACAAGCGAACUUGGAGUGACGAGAAGAAUAUGCUGCAGCAGGAGCUCCGGUCCCUGAAGCAGAACAUUUUCCUCUUCUACGUCAAGCUCAGGUGGCUGCUGAAACACUGGCGCCAAGGGAAGCAGAUGGAGGAGGGAGGAGAGGAUUUCGCGGAGAGCGACCAUCCAGAGAAUGUGCCUGGGCUUGCUGAGCUUGGAGUCCAGGGGGGCCACCAGACAGACGGAACAGACCAAGAGGACACUGAUCGAGGCUGUGGCCUUCCCAUGGGAGAGCCUGCCCCACACUCCCCGGUACAGAUGAGCGAACACGGAUCACGGCUGCAGACUGCAGAUGGGGGACCACUCAACAAACAGGUGGUGGAAAACCAGCAGCUCUUCAGGGCCCUCAAGGCCCUGCUGGAGGACUUCCGUUCCGAGCUUCGCGAAGACGAGCAUGCGCGUCUGCGUCUGCAGCAGCAAUAUGCUAGCGACAAGGCUGCGUGGGAUGUGGAGUGGGCUGUGCUCAAGUGCCGCCUGGAACAGCUGGAAGAGAAGACUGAGAAAAGCUUGGGAGAGCUGGACUCCUCUGCUGAGGGCAAAGGGGCCUUGAAGAAGGAGAGAGAGGUACACCAGAAACUGCUGGCUGACAGCCACGGCCUGGUCAUGGACCUGCGCUGGCAGAUCCAUCACCGAGAGAAGAACUGGAACCGGGAGAAGGUGGAGCUGCUGGAGCGUCUGGACAACGAGCGGCAGGAGUGGGGGAGGCAGAAGGAGGAGCUCCUAUGGCGGGUGGAGCAGUUACAGAAAGAGAAAAGUCCCCGGAGAAGCGGCAGUUUCCUCUGCAGCCCAAGAGAAGAGGACAGCCAUCCUUACCCACACCAAGGAAGCCUACACCCGUCCCGUCCUGUGUCCAUGUGGCCCUGUGAAGACGCUGACUCCAUGCCUUUUGAAGACCGGCCGCUCUCCAAACUGAAGGAGUCGGACAGGUGCUCAGCCAGCGAGAACCUGUACUUGGACGCUUUGUCCCUGGACGAUGAUUCAGAGGACCCGCCACCCCUCAGGAACUGCCUUGCGGAGGAAGAAGAAAGUCGCAAGGGAAAUCUUCAAAGGGCAGUGUCUGUGUCCUGUAUGUCUGAGUUCCAGCGUCUGAUGGACGUCUCCCCGUUCCUGCCUGAGAAGGGCCUACCAUCUGCCAGCAGCAGGGAGGAUGUCACUCCACCCUUGUCCCCCGAUGACCUGAAGUACAUCGAGGAAUUCAACAGCAAAGACUGGGACUACACAUCCCCCAGGGCUGGGGCUGAUCGGCCUCCAGACCUCUGGGCAGACAGGACCGAGGUGGGUCGGGUAGGGCACGAGGCCACAGCGGAGCCUUGUCCCGACUCCUCCUGGUACCUGACCACAAGUGUCACCAUGACUACAGACACCAUGACCAGCCCAGAGCACUGCCAGAAGCAGCCAUUGCGGACCCAUGUCCUCACCGAGCAGUCUGGGGUGCAUGUGCUGCACAGCCCGCCUGCCAUCCGCCGGGUUGACAGUAUAGCAUCAGGCGGCGAGGGCAGGAGCCGAGUGGACCCUGAGGGCCCCUUUCCUAUGAGCAGAGCGAGAGGGAACCUGGCAGAUGCCAAGGGUGGUCAUCCAGAACCUGUGCUCAACAGGUGGCCUUGCACCCCACCCAGACACCCCCGAGACUGUGUGGAGGGGUCUCUCCGCCCCCUCGACAGACCUCUCUGCCCCUCCCUGGGAUUUGCCUCCCCUCUGAACAGCCUAGAUAUGUCUAGGAACAUGAGUGAUGACAUGAAGGAGGUGGCCUUCUCCGUCAGGAAUGCCAUGUGCUCUGGUCCUGCCGAGCCCCAAGUCAGGGACAUGGCUUGCCAGACCAAUGGGUCUAGGACAGCAGGGACACAGACCAUCCAGACAAUCAGUGUGGGCCUGCAGACUGAGGCCCUGCGUGCCAGUGGUGUCACCAGCAGCCCCCACAAGUGUCUCACGCCAAAAGCCGGAGGUGGCACCACACCUGUGUCUUCUCCUUCCCGCAGCCUUAGGAGCAGACAGGUGGCCCCCGCCAUUGAGAAGGUGCAGGCCAAGUUUGAACGCACCUGCUGCUCCCCAAAGUACGGUUCUCCCAAACUUCAGAGAAAGCCCCCCUCAAAAGCUGACCAGCCAAACAGCAGGACCUCACCAGGCGUGCCCCAGAAAGGGUUCAGUGAGUCGGCUUGGGCCCGCUCCACUACCACGAGGGAGAGCCCUGUGCACACCACCAUCAAUGAUGGCCUCUCCAGCCUUUUCAACAUCAUCGACCACAGUCCGGUCGGGGUGAGGGCCGGGAGCCGAUCUCGAUCAGCAGAACCUCGACAGGAGCUGGGUCCAGGCCAGGAAACAGGCACCAGUUCCCGAGGAAGGUCGCCCAGCCCUCUAGGGGUAGGCUCAGAGAUGUACAGGGAGGACGGUGGAGAAAGCACACCAGUGAGACAGGACCUAUCUGCACCCCCUGGCUACACGCUCACUGAGAACGUGGCCCGGAUCCUCAACAAAAAGUUGUUGGAGCAUGCCUUAAAGGAGGAGAGGAAGCAAGCCACCCAUGGCUCCUCAGGUCUCACCAGCGACAGCCACCCCGGAGAAGCAGUGCCAGCUGAACCAGGAUCCAUGGAGAACCAAACUGUCUUACUAACUGCCCCGUGGGGACUCUAGCCCUGCCUGCCUCACACUGAACUGCCUUGUUCUGCGCUCGCGCCAUCCCUAGAGCCCUGCUUCUCCAGGCCAGAGAGACCAGCAAACCGCCGCCUUCCAUCCCGUUGGGCCCCACCUUCCCCUAC